CUGCUAGACCGAGUUUUUGUCCAUGCUCUCAAUACCGUCAAGAAGAUACCCAAGACGGGGGCGUCGCGUCCUCCACCCUCCGAUCGAUUACGUCUCUAUGGACUAUACAAACAAGCAAUGGAGGGGGAUGUGGAUGGGGUCAUGGAACGUCCUUCAAGUGUAGCCAGUGACGAGGACGGACCUAAAGACGAAGAUCUGAAGAGAGAAAGGGAUAAAUAUGAUGCCUGGGAUGCGCAGCGUGGUAUAAGUCGGACGGAGGCGAAAAGACGAUACAUUGAAGCGCUAAUUGGAACUAUGCAUAAAUAUGCCAGUGCUACGGCGUAAGUUCUCGGUAUCGCGUAUGGGAAUGCACGGAACUGAUAGGAAUGGGUAGUGACGCAAGGGAACUGGUUGCAGAACUCGAAUUCGUAUGGGAUCAGAUUAAGAAUAAUACGGUUUCUUCCUCGGGAUCUUCUCCUGGAAAUCGAGUGCCUUUUUAUAGUAGUCAACCUCGACGCUUUACACAACCUCAAUCCGGAAAUGACGGGCCCAUGCGAAUACUAAGUCCGAUGAGCGAGAAUGACGAAUUGGAAUUGAGAUCUGAGAGGAGAUCAGGGUAUGGGGAACAGUACGAAGACGAAGACGAAGACGACGAGGACGAUAGUAAGACACCGAAAAGCUGGAGGAAAACCGUUGAACAAGCCCUGGUAAAGAUGACUGCUGAAAUCGCGGCUUUGAGGGAGCAUAUCGCCACAGGUAGAGAAUACCAAGGCAAAAGGCAGAGAACCAUCGGAAGAUGGCUUGCCUGGUUUAUGUGGUUAUCCAUUCGACACUUACUGAUUGAUUUCGCAUUGUUGGGGAUCGUACUACUAUAUCUAAGAAAGAGGAAAGAUAGAAGAGUGGAAGAUUUGGUCAGAUCAGCACUGAAGAUUGGCCGAGAAUACGCACGAAAGAUAUUACCACCAAGAUGA